CGCACCUAUGGGGUCGUCGAAGGCGUGAUUUCUGGAACAUUAUUAAAGAUUGUGGUGGCAUUGGGCAGCAUUCGAAAUAAUGGUCAUGCUCGACACAAUGUGGUGCAAGUUUGCUUUCGAUAGUGUCGCUUCCGCCGAGUCUUCAACGCACGGCUGACAAACGGCCGAUUGUACUGAAAAUGUGGAGCUGACAUAGAAGGUCCGCUGAACGAAGAUCAUGAGCGCCGAGAGUAUCAAUAAUGCCAUGGGCACCUUUGUGCAGCACGCAGGGCAGUCCAUGGACCAAUCCAGACGACAUUUAAAGGGGCUUCAGCAGUUAACGCGCCAGCUGGAGGACCAGCAGGCGAGAGCAUCGAGUGUCGCGCAGCUCUUCAGCUUGGACCUCGUGUCCAGAAGGGCCAAAAUCACAGACCAAGGCGCCAAAAUCGCCCUGAUUGAGCCCAAGGUCGUCGGUAGGACAUGCGAGGAUAUCCUUUGGAGAAAGGUUUUCCACAGCGCUUACUCAAGAGCCAAGCAACUCAAUAAUUCGGGCGAUUCCGAUGACUCGGCCUUGAUCAGGCAUCUUCUGGCUGGAAUCGGAUUCUACCAUGGCUUCAUCCUUAAAAUUCAGACGGAAUUCCGCGUGUGUGGAAGCGUGGACUAUUCUGCCUCGAUUGGAAUGCAGCAGCUCUCUGCUGAUUACAAAAACAAAACCAAAUCGUACGACCGUGCCACUCUAGAUUGGGCAACUAAGGCUUUGGAAAGGAGCUUGAUUGCACUUGGAGACCUGCAUCGCUACCUUAGCACCCUCAGGCCCAGCUACAGUGGAGUGAUCUCUGCUAGAUUCUACGUUUUGGCAUCGCAAGUGAACCCAAAAUCAAGCAUGCCCUUCAACCAGUUGGGGGCCUUGGCCACGGCUCAAGGCAAAAAAUUUGAAGCAGCAUACUUCUAUCUGCGAUGUUUGUGCUGCGAUUCGCCAUAUGAAUGUGCCGAGGCCAAUUUACGUCGGGCGUUGAAAAAUGAUGCACCGCAGCUGAAAGCUGGUUCCAAAGCUCAAGCUCGAGUGUUCCUGACCAAAUUCUUAUCUCUCAUUGACACAUGGUGGUUUAAUGAGAACUUCAGAGAUAUCAAUUUGAUUUUUGAAGACUGCAUGCUAGAGUUUAAGGCAAAUCUGACCCUUGUUAAGCCAGCCAGCAGUGCGGAAACGCCGGCUGCAGCCAUAGAAAACAUGUUCAAAGAGGAACUGGAAUUAACCCACUUUAGCAGCGACCUCCUGGUCAAAAUGAUGGCCAUUCUAUUGAUGACGUACCAUAAGUUGGAAAAACAAAGUCCUGCCCAGGCCUCUUCCGUGGUUGUGUUUAUUUUCAAUAUUGUCAACUGCUUGACUAAAAAACUGGUAAGCGGCCCAGUGCCUGUUGCGAAGAAGAAACCCGUCAGGCAGAAGCGUCGCCAGAGACUCAUGCGGAGAAGAAGGAAAGUUGGGGGCGACUGUUCUGAAGAGUCUGAAUGCGAGAGCGAAGAUGGAGUGGACUCGCAGGCUUCCUCCGACACUUCCUCUGACUCUGCCGGAAGCGAGUCAGAGUUCUUAGGAAGCUCCAGCGAUGAAGAGGAAGUGGAGAAAAAUGUGCUGAAGAGCCAGGAACUGCCUGCUCUGAGCUGCAUUAAAUUAUGUUGCGAUUGGCUGCAGACCAACGACGCAGUGCUGCGCUCGUUUUUCUCCAACUUCCAGCCAUUGUUUGAGGACUUUGUCAAGUUUCUGAAUGCGGUCGCCCACGACUGUUCCUUGGUGUUAAAAAAUUCUAUAAGUAAUGAAUCUUAUGAGAGCAUUACGCAAAAUGAUUUAUUUGCAGAUGCUAAAAUUAGCGGAUCUCUGGAGGAAGUUGCAAAAACGAUGCAACCGUAUCCACUGCCUGAAGAUGUCACCCUACAAGGACAUGUAGUGGUCGACCAGUCCUCAUUAAAUUGGUCUCUCUUUAACUCAAGUCCAAUCAAAAGUGACACACUCAUCCGGAUGUGCAAAUUGGUCCAUUUUGGCGUUUACAUGGCAAAUUCCUCUAUGGUUGGCGUCAAAUUUGAUAAGGAAUCAAAUGCCUUCUCCCUGAUCCAGGACUUUAUUCCUCCAUCAAUAAAACCUGUAAAGGAGCCUGUCAACAAAGACCAUCAGAAAAAAUUGAUGCAGCACAUGGGCCAGCUGUGGCUGCAAGAAGAAGUGCGCAAUCUGGAGAGCAGAGUCAGCCACGGCAAAGGCAACUGUGCUUUCUCUCCUUAUAUCGUCGUUGACUCAUCAGCUCUGCUUUCCAAACUUCACCUAGUCAAACUGCUCAUCAAGUCCAAACAGUUUGUGGUUGUUAUACCAAGUGUAGUUUUAGAAGGCCUGGAUAACAUCAAAAAGGAGAGUGGCAGUGCUAGGGAGAGCGUGCGCUUUUUAGAAAUCUUGUUUCGGGAGGGGAACCGAUUUCUACGGCAACAGCGUGAGAACGAGUCGCUCAGCAUCCCUCUCAUCAAGUGUCCCAAGAAGAAGGAUAAAGACGCUAUUGUGUUUUUCAAAAUCCUCGAGUGCUGCAACUACCUUGUGCAGCAAGUUCCGCGAGAAAAUAGGCUGGAAAACAACAUCAACAUGGUCACCCUGCUCUGCGCAACCAUCGAUUCAAGCCAGAAAGACUUCAGCCCCACAGGACUGGCAGCCUCUGCAGGUGUCAAAAUUGAGACGAUUACCGACUUCUAUCACAAGUGGAAAAAAUCCAAGAAGGCUGGAAAAAAGUAGAAAACUGUAUUGUUUCUCAAACCCUGUAGUAAACAUUAUGGCUGUUGCUAAUAAAGAUUGCUAAUGCUAAGCGAAA